AUGCAAAAGAUGCAGAGAGUGACGGGAGAUUGAUUAUUGUAAAUAGAUCGAGAGACCAUCCACAUGCAUAGGCAUAGAGAGAGCCAGAGAGCUUGACUAUUGAAAGCAGAGAGAGAGAUGGGUGAGAAGGGAAGAGUGUGUGUUACAGGUGCAGGGGGGUUUUGUGCUUCUUGGGUUGUGAAGCUUCUUCUCUCUAAGGGAUACACCGUCCAUGGAACUGUCAGAGACCCAGAUGCUGAAAAAAAUGCCCAUUUAAAGAAAUUUGAAAAUGCUUCAACAAAUUUAGUACUCUUCAAAGCAGAUCUCCUUGACAACAAUACCAUUUCUUCAGCGAUCUCAGGAUGCCAUGGAGUUUUUCAUGUUGCAAGUCCAGUUCCACCAGGCAAAGUGCAAGAUCCAGAGAAAGACUUAUUGGAUCCAGCAGUGAAGGGAACUUUGAACGUGCUAAAGGCAUCUAAAGAGGCAGGAGUCCAGCGAGUUGUCUUUGUCUCAUCCAUUGCAGCUGUUUCGAUGAACCCCAAUUGGUCUCGGGAUAAGGUCAUAGAUGAAAAUUGUUGGUCUGACAAGGAAUUUUGCAGGACUACUGAGAAUUGGUAUUGCCUCUCAAAAACCAUGGCUGAAAGUGAAGCUUUCGAGUAUGGUCAGAAAAGUGGACUUGACCUUGUAUCAGUUUGUCCAACGCUGGUGCUAGGACCGAUGAUACAACCAACAAUAAAUGCAAGCAGUCUAGUUCUCAUCAAGCUUUUGAAAGGAAACCAACAGUGUGUUCCCAACAAAACUUGGUCUAUCAUCGAUGUUAGGGACCUCGCCGAGGCCCUUUUGCUGGUCUACGAGACCCCGGAAGCUUCUGGAAGGUACAUAGGUGUGGCCUACGGAGCCACAGUGAAGGAAAUGGUUGAGAUUAUGAGGUGCCAAUAUCCAAACCACAACUACCCAAAACAGUUCACUGAUGAAGAGGAAGAUGCAGUUCAAUUUAGAUCAGAGAAACUCCAAAGGUUAGGGUGGAAAUUCAGGCCUUUGGAGGAGACUCUUGUUGACUCUGUUAAACAUUUUGAGGAAGCUGGUCUUGUAAGUAGGAGUUGAGAGAAGGAGAGAUUGUGUCUUAAGGGCUUCACACUGGUUUGUGAAAUUUAUCAAAAUGCCUAUAGGCACUUCCUGUUAUCAAACAAGAGAAUUACAAAGGCACCUGAAAGGAAAUUUCUUGUCAGGUACAUUUUUUGUAAUUCGAAAGGUACGUAAAUAAAGAUUGCGUUAAAAAAUAGCA